UUCGUUCUUUUGGUGCCGAGAAUCAUCGAUCUCUUCUUGUUUGUAUAAAUUCCACCACAGGUUCUCCCCAGUCAAGAUGUCGCUGAAUCUAGAUGUUUCCAACGCGGCGGUGGUGAAGGAUGAGCAAGGCCGACCCUUCAUUGUCGUCAGAGAUCAGGGGAAGAAGAAGCGCCAGUUUGGCAACGAAGCCGUCAAGUCACACAUCCUCGCCGCCCGAACAGUCGCCAACAUCGUCAAGACGUCACUCGGCCCUCGCGGUCUCGACAAGAUCCUCAUCUCCCCCGACGGCGAUAUCACGGUCACGAACGAUGGCGCCACGAUUCUACAGCAGAUGGAAGUGAGCAACCACGUUGCUAAGCUGCUGGUGGAGCUUUCCAAGUCACAGGACGAGGAGAUUGGUGACGGCACGACCGGCGUCGUUGUCCUGGCCGGUGCCCUCCUGGAGCAGGCCGCCGACCUCAUCGACAAGGGCAUCCACCCUAUCCGCAUCGCCGACGGCUACGACCAGGCCUGCGACAUUGCUGUGGCCGAGCUGGACAAGAUCUCAGAUACCAUCGAAUUCACAAAGGAGGAGACCUCCAACCUGCUCAAGGUUGCACGGACGAGUCUGGGAAGCAAGAUUGUCUCCAAGGCUCACGAUCAGUUCGCCAACAUUGCCGUGGACGCCGUCCUGUCGGUGGCCGACCUGGAGCGGAAAGAUGUCGAUUUCGAGCUGAUCAAGGUUGACGGCAAGGUCGGCGGCUCUCUCGAGGAUACCAUCCUUGUCAAGGGUGUCAUCAUCGACAAGGACUUCUCCCACCCCCAGAUGCCCUCAGAGGUCAAGGAUGCCAAGAUUGCCAUCCUGACAUGCGCGUUCGAGCCCCCCAAGCCCAAGACCAAGCACCACCUCGACAUUACAAGUGUGGAAGAAUUCAAGAAGCUGCAAAACUACGAGAAGGAGAAGUUUGUCGAGAUGAUCCAGCAGAUCAAAGACACUGGCGCAAACUUGGCCAUCUGCCAGUGGGGCUUCGAUGACGAGGCAAACCACCUCCUGCUCCAGAACCAGCUGCCCGCUGUGCGAUGGGUCGGUGGUCCAGAGAUUGAGCUGAUUGCCAUUGCAACCAACGGCAGGAUAGUACCUCGAUUCGAGGAUCUGAAGCCUGAGAAGCUGGGUUCUGCCGGCAUUGUCAGAGAAAUGACCUUUGGAACAACAAGGGAGAAGAUGUUGGUUAUUGAGGAGUGUGCCAACACUCGUGCUGUAACGGUGUUUGUGCGAGGAAGCAACAAGAUGAUCAUCGACGAGGCCAAGCGCUCUCUGCAUGAUGCUCUCUGCGUCGUAAGAAACCUCGUGAGGGACAACCGAGUCGUAUACGGAGGUGGUGCCGCCGAGAUCGCCUGUUCGCUGGCAGUAGAGGAUGCCGCUGGCAAGACUCCCGGCUUGGAGCAGUACGCCAUGCGUGCCUUUGCCGAGGCCCUCGAUGCCGUCCCCAUGGCCCUGGCUGAGAACAGCGGUCUCAACUCCAUCGCAACCUUGGCGGAAGUGAAGAGUCAGCAGGUCAAGGCGGGCCCGGACAACAGGGGCAAGCUCGGCGUCGACUGCAUGGGACGGGGCGACAACGACAUGAAGGCGGCGUUUGUCAUUGAUCCGUUGAUCAGCAAGAAGCAGCAGCUGCAGCUGGCGACGCAGCUGUGCCGCAUGGUUCUCAAGGUUAACAAUGUCAUUGUGUCCGGCUCUGAUGAAAACGACUUUUAAGGGGUGUAUGUCUGAACAUAGAUGGGAGUGGCAUAUCAAAAGCCUGGCUGGUGAAAUAGAGACCAUUUGCUCGUCACUGCGAG